AUGGCCAAACCAGCGAGACCACACCAUUGCUCCCAUUGUGGAAAGAGUUUUAUUAAUUUAAGGAGCCUAAAAGUUCAUCAAAGAGUACAUACAGGAGAAAAGCCUUACCACUGCUCACAGUGUGGAAAGAGUUUUACUCAGUUAGGGAAUCUGAAAAUGCAUGAGCGAAUACACACAGGAGAGAAGCCUUUCCACUGCUCCCUGUGUGUAAAGAGUUUUACCCAGUUAGCUGCCCUGAAAAUACAUGAGAGGAUGCACACAGGAGAGAAGCAUUUUCACUGCACCCUGUGUGGAAAGAGUUUUACCCGGAUAGGGUCCCUGAAAACGCAUGAGCGAAUACACACAGGAGAGAAGCCUUUCCACUGCUCCCUGUGCGGAAAGCAUUUUACCCAGUUAGGGGCCCUGAAAACACAUGAGAGAACACACACUGGAGAGAAGAAUUUUCACUGCUCCUUGUGUAGAAAGGGUUUUACCCAGUUAGGGGCCCUGAAAAAACACGAGAGGACACAUACAAGAGAGAAUCAUUUCCACUGCUCCCAGUGUGGAAAGACUUUUACCCAGUUAGGGUCCAUGAAAACGCAUGAGAGGACACACACUGGAGAGAAGCCAUAUCGCUGCUCCCAGUGUCAAAAUACCUUUUCCACAUUAAGGGACCUGAAAUCACAUGAAAGAACCCACUUAGUAGAGAGGCAGAGGCCGUUCCAAUGCUCUCAGUGUGGAAAGAGAUUCAUCCAGCCAUCACAUCUGAAAGAUCACAUGUUAACACACACAGGAGAAAAAAUGUUCUAA